CAGGCUAGUCCGAGGCAAUAAGACGUUGAGCAAUACUAUAUGUACAUAAACACGUUUGUAUGCAGUUUUUGGUACAGAAAAAUUUCAAUAAAAAUUCAACAUAAUGAAAAAGCACCGGUGAACCUGUUGGUGAUAUAUUGCUGGUGAGAAAUCUCGGAUUGUACCGUAAAGGUUUGACAUUAAAAUUCCAGUUCUCAAAAAUCACAGAUGCUGAGAGUUGGAGAUCUGACAACGCAGCUUUCACUUGUUUAAAUUGCGGCGUUGAAAUACAACCACAAAGAGAGCAUCGUUCGAAACCGUGGUUCUUCUUCGAUCAUCGACUGGUUGUUAGGGUUGCGUUCCUACAUCACGCAGAAAUAUUAUACAUGUACCGCCAUGUUGGAAUUUGGGACGAAAUUAUGUUGCAAAAUAUCUCGUUGAUACGCCUGGAACACGGGACCAAAAGUGUAAAAAUUCAGCAAUGUCAAAGCUGGUAAUUAUGAGUUGUAUUGAACUUUUGCGCUAAAUGGAAGUAGUAUGACAUGAUAUCACCAAGCUGCCCGAUAAUUAUGGACGCGACAAGUACGACAUCGUCAUAUAAUAUAAAAGAAAGAAAUGAUCACUCAGAGCUUUUGUGUAGCAAUGUGGCAAAUUGUAAAGAUGGAUUAACCGAAAACGAAAUAUUGGAAGAAUCAAAUCAGGAUCCAGAAGACGAAGACACUCUUUCUGAUGACAGCUUACGGUUAAGAUUCUCAGAUGAUGAAGCUGAUAUUAGUGACACUGUUUCAUCAAAUAAACCAGCUGCACUGUGUAUUAGUUCUGAACAAAUGACUUCUCAGGAUACAACUACGGGCUUGACCAAUUCAACCAAAAAAAUUCCACUUGAUGCAGCAGAACACUCAACAUAUAACUCAUGCGAAUCUGCCUCUAAUAUAGAACUUCUGAAGUCAAACCAAAAUAAUGAAAUUUUAAAUGAAGUACGCAACAGAAGUGAAAAUAAUAAGAAAAAAAUGUGGCGUGGCGGAAACCGAAAAGUGCAUUCUCUGAAUAAUAUCAUUCAGACAAAUAAACGCCCCUUUCCAGGUCAUACUUUUCAAUCACGGCACUAUCACAGUAAUUCGAGUAUCUAUAGGAGUGAAUUUUACUUAAAUAAUCAUAACAAUUUUGGAAGGCCGUCAGGAUUUCGAAAACAUGGAAACCAUUGGAAAAACUCUAUGGGAAAGUGUGUCCCUCGUAGUUUUCGGCAGGUACAAAAAAAAGUAGUCAAAGAAGAGGUUGCCAAUUUUGAACUGAAGUUAAGCCCGAAAUUGAAUGUAAACAUUGACCUUUCUCAACCAGAUCAGCCUGCCCUUUCUAAUUCUACGGAACAAGCACCUCUUGAAGUUGGUGCUAGCGACAGUAGUACAAAUCCACCCAGAGCUCUCUCGUCCUCUAAUUUAAAUUCCAAAGAAAGAUUACAAAUUCCUGUUGCCAGUAACAAUGAUACAUUGUCCAUUGUUAAUGAUGAAUUAUCCAAGGAAUGCAGUCACCUAAAUUUUGAUCAAGCUUCAUUUAAUGGUAGUGGAGGUCUAGAAAAUGCUGACAAAAAUUACACCAAUUUGGUAAACAAUAAAAAUUCAACCAACCACAACUGCGAUUUAAGAUUUACUUCUGACGACUGGUUGAAUGAACCUAUUGCUCCUGACAAUGAACACAUGCAGGCUACAGAGAAUUUCUCAUCAUCGUCAAGCCAGGAUAGUUCUGAUUUUAAACGUACUACAUCAUCAUUGUCCCUUGAGAAUACUGAGUCCACAACUUCUUCGAAGUCGAAGAAUGGUGUUGCUAUGAGUGAUAAGACUGUGACCCAAAAUAACAAUCUUGAUUCUUCUGAUUCAUUAAAAGAGACAAUUAAAAUGGACAUAGGUAACAAACUGCUUGAAAUCAAAUCAGAUAGUGAUGUCGGAGCAGAUACAGCAGGUGAUAUUCAAAAAGAAGUUGAGACCAACAACCAUGCAUGUGAAACAUUCGAACAAAGAAAUGAAGUUGGUGAUUCUUUGAAGGUGCCUAAAACUGAUGAGCCCAAUGCAACCUCUAGCAAAUUAUGGGCCCCAGAGAAACAGUCAACCACAGAACCAAUGCCAGAACAGCUAGAGAAAGAAAGUAUCGAAAAUGAGGAGCUACAAACAACAAAUGAAGUGGUUAACAGUGGUGAAAAACAUGAAUCAGAUAAUAAGGAUGACAUGAAUAUUAAAGAGGAAAUAAAAGACGAUACUUCGUUGUCUAAUGAACAGGAAGUGGCUGAGCAAGCCUCAGAUAAACUUGCGAAAGAAGAGGAAAGUAGUGAAUAUAAGAACAAGCAAUGUAAAAUUAGUGCUCCAGCUAAAAAUAAAAGGAAAUUCAGUUCAGACAACAAAGAAACUGAGUUAGUUGAACAUAUUUCACAGAAACCAAAAACAUUAAAUAGCAAUGAAAAAACAGUUAGGAAUCAAUUGGUGGAUAGUGAAUCUAGUGAUGAAUCAGAUCAUAAUUCUGUACGAAAGUCAACCGAAAAAAACUCAUUAAAACUUCAAGAUAAUCUACAGUCAGAACCAUUGCUGGUUAUGAAACGUAAUUUGACAGACAGUGAAAAGGAAAACGAUAAAUUGAUUCAUAAAAAAAUGAAAAUUGCUCCAGAUUCAAAUUCAGAUAUUUCUGCGGAGCAACUCAGAAGUCAAAAUACAUUGAUGUCGCCCGUUGAAGAAAUACAUGCUUUGCCUGCAGGAAAAAGUGAUGAAUCACCGAAAAAUCUUUGUUAUGUAAGAAAAUUUUUCCAAAGAGAUAUGAAGGGCAGGUUGACAAAAUUGAAACGUGAGGAAUUGGAAGAACUUAUAAUACAAAAAUUGGUAGAAACUCUAACAAUGCAAAGUGAAAUUGGAAAAUUACGAGAACAAGCGCGCAUAUCAGAACGCAAUCAAGAAGCCAAUCGUAUCCGCUGUCAACAGUUGACAAAGCAAAUAAAUGAUUUUGACAUGGUCCUCAAUCGCAAUGCUGCUGACCGUCGGGCCAACAAUGACAAGCCUAUGCCACCCAUAAAAAUCAAUAGAUCUGUUGGACUGCAAGUGAAUUUCAUAUCGGAACAAGGUAUCCAGAAUUUGAGGUCUUUAUCUUCUAAUAAUAUUUCGAAGAGCAAUGUGCCAAAUCCUGUUACUGUGAACGGAGGUAAUAAACUGGCUAAGCCUGAAAAUAACAAGACUACAACAGUCCCACGACGUGGUAUUAAAAUACGAUCCCCUCGAAGAAUAGAAGUCACCAAAAAUGUUCCAAUACCAAUUCAACCUCAAAUAUCCACAGCUAUGCCAAAAGCGGCCCUUGUUCUGGCCAAACCAGUGGACACGUCGCCCAAGUUAUCAACUGCUAACACCAGCAAAGAACAGGUUUUGCCAAGUGCAAUUUCUCCUCAACCAACUGCCGCUAAAAUAAAAAAUAUUGUAGUAAAUGGAAAGAUUUCAAAUCACACAAACCGGCAAUCAACAGUCCCGAACAAUCAGAGUACUGUCUCUAGUGAUUUGAUUGAUCUCACAGAAGAAGAGGACAAGAAUAAACCAAUUAGUGGUACUAUAUCAGGUGUACUACCAAUGGUUGCAACAAUUACAUCUUCCAUUGGACCGAAGGUUCCCCAUACCAGAUAUCAAAGGGUUGUACAAACCACAUUAUCUCCAAACGUUGCGAUCACCACACAGGCUGCCAAUAUUAGAGUAGUACAGUCUGUUAGUCAACCAACGCCGACGGCUCUUGUUAAUAACAUAAAUGCAACAAAAUUGGCAUAUGUAAUGCAAGGAAGUUUGGGAACUGGAAGACAGUUACUGAUAGCACCAAAUCCAAACCAGGUACGGCCAGUAACAUCCACCACACGGGGCCAGUUUCCAAAUGUACCCUACAAGGCUGGGACAUCAACAUUAGCCAAUGGUACCGUCAGAGUACUAACUACAGCAGCUACGACGGUUCCACCUUCACCUUCAAAUCCACCACCAGCACCCUUGCCCGAUACGCCACACUAUCCACACAGAAAUGGAUGGAAACUACCUCCUCCACCUCCGUCCCUCAAAAUAUCAAAAGUUACACAAGGUAUUGUCUUAUCGUGGAAUAUGGUGCAGUCAGAUAACUAUGCAGAUAUUGCUAGUUAUCAACUAUAUGCAUACCAAGAGAUACCUGGGACUGUACCAAACUCAAAUCUGUGGAAGAAAGUGGGAGAUGUAAGGGCCCUACCACUUCCAAUGGCUUGCACACUCAAGGAGUUCACUCCAGGCAACAAUUAUCACUUUGCUGUAAGGGCAGUAGAUAGACAUUCCAGAUUUGGUCAAUACAGUGUACCCCGUAACAUUUCUUUAUAAUAGUCA